GGUAUAUUUCGUUCUGAAUGACUUUUGCAAGCAAGUAUCCCAUCUGGUUUAACAUUGCAUUUUUAGUCGGACAUUUUCUUUAUAAGCCGUCUCGUAAUUGUCGUUUUUAUUCUUUGCAAGUUGAAAGGAUAAAGGUUAUUUGUACAAAGAAAUGGCACAAACGACAGAUAUAUUUGUUGAGCCACAUUAUGAAGACGUGAUAUUACGUUUAACUACGCUUCUAAAGGAAAAUUGUGACAAAGCAAUCGCACGCGAUGAUAUUUUCAAAAUUGGAUUAUCAGGAGGAUCUCUCGUAAAUAUAUUAAUGCAAACUUUAUCCAAUAUAUCGACCGAUUGGAGCAAAUGGCGUUUCUUUUUUUGCGAUGAAAGAGUCGUUCCUUUUGAUAAUGAAGAAUCGACUUACGGAUUAUAUAAAACGAGUCUUAUUGGAACAGUUCCUAUAACCGAAAACCAAUUUAUCAAAAUUGAUCCAGAACUUUCAGCCGAAGAAGCUGCACGGGAUUACAUAAAAAAAAUGUCUGUCUAUUUUCCACCUGACAGUUUACCAAAAUUUGAUGUAUUAUUAUUGGGAUUGGGACCAGAUGGACAUACAUGUUCUUUGUUUCCUAAUCACAAACUUCUAGAUGAAACAAGUUUGUGGGUUUGUCCUAUUAACGAUUCUCCUAAACCUCCAUUGUCUAGGAUUACAUUUACAUUUCCUGUUAUUAACAAUGCUAGAGUGUGUAUUUUUGCUGUAUUAGGAUCCAGCAAAGCUAAGAUAAUUAAGAGAAUUCUAAAAGAUCAUGAAAACUUGCCGGCUGCUAGAGUUGAGCCAACUAAUGGUUCCUUAUAUUGGAUUUUAGAUCAAGAUGCGGCUAAACUUAUGAACUCAAAUUCAGAUUAAGAUAAUUAAUAAGAUAUUGAUUUAAGUGUUUGUGACAUUCCAUGUUGUAUUUUUCCUUAAUGCUCGUGAUGCUCUGUAACAUUUUUUGAGCUUUUUAUUUUGUAUACGCAUACAAUUAUCAUAAAAUAAGAUCUGAUUAGAUAGAAAAUUUACAAUUAAAUUGUUAAUAAUUCAAAAUGGCCAAUGUUAAUUUUUAUUUGUUUUACAUAAAAUGUCUUUUUUAUUUUUCAUUGAAACUGUUACAUUAUUGAUAUGUUAAAUUUAAUUAUUUCAUUAAUAUGAAAUGCAUAUAAAAAUUAUAUGCCAUUGAUGCAUAUUCUUAGAUCAAUCUUAUGUUCAAUUAUUAGUUUCUGUCUUCAAAAAGAUUAAUUGCAUAUUAUAUAGCUAAAAAUGGAAAAAAAGAAAAAGAAAAAGAAAAACCAAAAUAGCUAUUAUCAGUUUUAAGGGACAUUAAAUUUUAGGAAACAUAUGUUCUUUGUUGUAUGUUAUACUUGAUAUAUUUUUCAAAAUGAUACGUACAGUGCAUAUUUCUGCAUUGUAGUAAAAAGAUUGUUAUAUUUUACAUCUAAGGUAGAUUACAUGUGGAGUUGCCUUAUACAUCGAGGCUUAGGAUAUAAUGAACAUAUAUGAAUGUGAAUUAAAAAUGAAGAAUCUAGUCUG